CAGCGCUUCUCGCCUUUGUGCUGCCGUCACUCGCGCUCGCCAGCAGCACGGGGGAAGCUCACUUCGACGCCCAGUUGCUGAGCGCCCGUGGAAUGAGAGGCACUAUAAGCAUAUCCGUCUCAAGGGCCAUAUCGCGAGGCACGGCCCCGGCCUACACCAUCCGCUUCGGUGCCGCCGUCGCUGGCGCCGACUCCCCUCCAAGCAACCUCCUCCUCUCGCUGCCACGUGGAGCGCCGCCAUUGGUCCUAUGCGGGGGAUCGGCUGAGUGCCAGUGGGUGGCAACAACACCAUCCGUGUGGGAGGCGGCAGGGGAGAGGAGGAUGAGAGGGGUGGAUGCGCGGCAGGGAAGGGCACUGGAAGACAUGCUAACUGCGGUGGGGGAGGGGGGAGGGAGUGGGGAGGAUAGUGCAGCGGUGGGGGAGGGGAGUGAUGCAGCGGCAGGGUAUGGCGUGAGCGCUGCUGCUGUGGUGGAAGGCGGGGAGGAGGGGCACGAUGAUUUGUUGGGAGCGCUACAGAGAAGCCGCGAGUACAGCCACGGCAUCAUCAUUCCGCGCUACCCCCCACAGGACCCCCGCCUGGAAGUGCGCCUGAAGGGGGGAAUGGGGAAGAUGGGGGAGAGGGGGGAGUUGGGGGAGGGGCUAUCAGGGGCUAUGCCCGGAGGGGCGUUUAUGCUGGGAGCUUUCAAGGACGGCCAUGUGGUGGUGAAUUACGACAUCCGUGUUAUCGGCCCUGCGCAAAAACCCUCCGCCAUCAAUCUCCUCGUUGAUUACCCCGACCCGUCCUCGUUACAAGCCUCCUCGUUACAAGUCGCCUCGCUUCAGUGUGACUCGUGGGCGGAGUUGAAGCCACAGAUGUGGCGGGCGCAGUGCAGCAGCAGGUGGAGCAGCAGCAGUGGGGGCGGCAGUGCUGGCUCUUCUUUGCAAGGGCUUGUUCAAAACAUGACUGAGGGCGUGUUCAAUCGGUUCGCUUGCUUCGCCGUGGACGGUGAGAGGUCUCCCAGUGUUGCUGUGCUGUCAGUGGCAGUCAGUGCAGCUGGUGAAUCAGUUGAGGGAGCCGCUGAAGCUGGCUCGCUCGUAGGAGGCAUUAUUUGGAGGGCGCCACUUGUGGGGUUGGAUCAGAGGGUGCAACAGGGGGAGGAGCAGGGGGAGCAGCAGGGGGAGCAACAGGGGGAGCAAGAGGGGGAGCAAAAGGGGGAGCAACAGGGGGAGCAGCAAGGUGGGCAGUUUCCCUGUGCUGAUGAUUCGGAGGGCACUGCUACCUACCAGAGCCUUGAAUUUCUUGAAGAAGAAAUCAGCCUAUCAGAUGGUACGGAUAUCCUUGUUCGCAGCCGCACUCUUAGCAACAUGCACAAGGAUGAUUUUCCUGCUGUCAUCGAGGGAGCUUAUAACGAGGGUGAAGGAGAGACAGCAGACAAUACAGAUAAAGCAGGGGAUGUGGUGGGUCCAGGGUUAGGGGACAGGAGAAGGGUAGGAGCAGAGGCAGGAGCAGAGGCAGGAGCAGAGGCAGGAGCAGAGGCAGGAGCAGAGGCAGGAGCAGAGGCAGGAGCAGAGGCAGGAGCAGAGGCAGGAGCAGCAUUCAUGCCGAGUCCUCCUGUGGCCCACAGGCUCUCCCAUGCGUCACACCACGUGCCUCAACUGCCGCGCCUGCCAUAUCAGCACCACGGCAGUGCCUCUUCUGCUUCGCAUGGUGCUUGUGACAGGAGCAGUUUCGCUGUGAAAGAACGCGAUGCUGACCCUGCUGUAGAAUUGUGUUGA